UGUGCUUUAUCAUCUCAGGUUGAGAACAUGAACUCCAGCACUUUGAUCCUUCUGAAUGCCAUACCACGGGACAGCUUCAGUGCUGCUCUCACUAAAAACAUUGUGGCCAUGCUUGUGUGGCUGGCACUCAGUAUCCUUAACUGCAGUAUGGUGUCCACUUUCCGCAAGCACAGUUUCUUCUAUGAAGAUCCACGUUACAUCAUGUUUAUCUGCAUGGUCAUUAAUGAUGGCGUACAACUGACACUGGUCACCGCCCUGUAUGUGGUGAGUUAUGCCUUCUCAAAGAUUUUGGCAUCCGCCUGCUGUCCAUUGAUCAUGACCGCUGUGACGACCACACGCUCCACCCCGCUCAUCCUGGCCGGCAUGGCCCUGGAGUGCUACAUCUCCAUUUGCUUCCCCCUCCAUUACAGCCACAUCUGCACUGUCACACGGACCAUGUGGAUGAUCGGAGUCAUAUUCCUCCUGAGUCUCACCCCUCCCAUUACUGAUCUUUUCAUCACCGUGGCCAAAGAACCACCAAUGUUCUUCCACUCAUCCAUUUUCUGCGAUCACUCACUCCUAUUCCAAGACCGUUCGAUUUAUUACAAGAACUGCGUGUUUGAUAGUGUGUAUUUCUCGUUUGUUUUCUUGACUUUGCUUUAUACGUACUGUAAGAUCAUGCUGACAGCCCGUGCGGCCUCCACUGACCUGGUGUCAGCCAAGAAGGCCCGUAACACAGUGUUACUCCACGGGGUUCAGCUGCUGCUGUGCAUGCUGGCGUUUGUCGUGCCGUCCAUGCAGGCUCCGCUCAUACAACUGUUUCCAAUGUACGGCCUAGAGAUCCGUUAUGUUAAUUUUCUUCUGGUCUACAUAAUCCCACGAUUUCUCAGUCCUAUGAUUUAUGGAUUCAGGGAUGAGAAGUUUCGCAAGUAUUGGCUCAGGUGCUUUGUCUCUAAAGCACACAAACUAAAGCCAGCCAGCCAGUUCUCUCAUAAGCCUGGAUGA